AAGUUAGUUAUUGGAGAUCGGAAGGAUUUGGACUAGGUUCGGUACUAACGGUAUCUGUCUUGAAAUGAAAAAGGUGGCCUGAAACUCCAAAUGUCCUUAAGACUGGUGCGAGGGUUUGCGAUUUGGCAGCGCACGCCUAGACGCGAUUACGCGCCGGGCCUAUUUUGCGUUGGGAUAGUUUUGCCAAAAAAAAAAAGUAAUUAGCCCGUAGGUGUCAAAGUCCAAACCACCAGUGAGAAUCACUCAGCUCAAUUCCAUUGAAACUAAAACUUAGUAUAAAUUCAUACCAUGGCGGUUUACUCCUCGAGAAGAAAGGCCCGCGUGUUUCAGAACACAUUCACUGGCACAGACAACUUGUUGUCUGAUGAUUGCGUUGCCGAAGGCAAAGAGGCGGUAGAGACAGUAACUAAGCGCCAGAGGGCCAUGCGGGAUGUGUCCAAAUUGGCUGCCAACAAAAAGAAUAAAGCCUCGUCAAAGUCUACUACGACUCAAAGACAAAUUAGAGAGAAUCCUCAGGAAAUGGGCGAAGUUUUUUUCAAAAAUGAACCAGUUAGUGAGAGAGCGAAGAGCAUGGCCAGUAUGGAGCCAUCAACAGCUAUGGGGAAAAGAAGCAACGCCAAGAGAAAGGCUGGCGCUGAUAAGGUGAAAGGUGGUAAAAAAGAGAAACCAGUACCAAAUGAAACGGUAGGCGAAGUGAUUGGACUGAAGAGAACGGGCGAAUGCGGGAAACAGGCGAAACCCAAGAACCGAGAUCAAUCAUCGAAAGGGAUAGCACAGACCAAAAAGAAGCCAACAGAGCGUGAUUUUGUGUCACGUACAAACAUAAUGGAUGAGUGGGAUGUAAUACCCCCUGUUUCCUCUCAAACAGCGGUAAAGAGACGCUCCAAGAUACAACCGGUACUUCAAUGUGGCGCCCAUCUGGCCACGAUUGAGUCACCUCCGGUCAAGAAACAGAGAGAGAGGGCAGACAAUACAACUUUCCGAGAGAAAAAUGGCCUUCCAUCGCCGGAGGUCCUUCUCGUGUCUGAACCUUGCCCAGAAAUCAUUUCUAUAGAUUCCAUUACACGAUUGGCAGUGCCUUCUGCACUUUAUAUCUCGGAUACUGCACUGUUUCCGAAAGCAACGUCCACACCCCACAACAGCUCCGUAUUGUAUACUCAAGGAAAUCUCCCUAACUUCCCACUUGAGAAUGGUACUUUAUUGCUGGCUAUCGAGUACCUUGACUCCAAGAACGAAGACCCGUUCGACCUUACCACGGAAGUCAACAGGAUGAGUGAGGUGGAAAAGUUGCACGUAAUCGAACUGGCAGUAACUCAGGAAAAGACAGCACUGGAAAUAAAGGUAUCCAGGACUUCCUCAGCGAAAAGGUCAAAGAAGCUCCGGAAGACGGUUACGUUCAAGCAAGGUGGGUUGAAGGAGAGCCGUUUAGAAAUUGGAAAACCCGAUCCCGAGCUUCCCAUGUCUGGGACUAUAUUGAAGUCUAAAGAUAAAUCUUCGACUAUUGUGAAUAAGCUGAAGCACCACAAAUCUAAUAUAGCUGCACCGGUAAUGAGAAACUUCCAUGCGUUGAAGGAACUUUGCUCGGGUAGAGACCCAAUCAACUUGCUCUUGUGAUUGGUCUACAAAAGACUCGCAUUUUUACGAGUGUAAAUAUGGCACAGGCGUAAACUAUUUUCUGCCUUGUUUCCAUUCGAAUAAGCU